UGUGUAUUGUCCUACUCUGUUAUGUUUUCAUGCCGUAUGAAGGUCGACAAGGGGUUGGGGGUUCUGACCAAGAUUGGGGUUAUAUAACGGUGCGUCCAAAUGCCCAUAUGUUUUGGUGGUUGUAUUACACCACGUAUAAUAAUGUUUCCAGUUACACUGACAGACCAUUAAUCAUUUGGCUGCAAGGCGGUCCUGGAAUGCCAGCAAGUGGUUUUGGGAAUUUUCUUGAAAUAGGACCUCUUGACUCGAAUUUUAAUUCCCGUAAAGGGUCAUUUAUCGAAAAUUUUAACGUUUUAUUUAUUGAUAAUCCAGUAGGAGUGGGGUUUAGUUACAUUUCCGAUAAUGAGACAAAAAUGGUCACUAAUGGAGACGAAACUGCUGAAGAUUUGUACAAUUUCUUGAAAAUAUUUCUUAAGGAAACGCAUCCCGAAUUUAGAAAAGUGCCUAUUUACGUUUUUGGAGAAUCCUACGGCGGAAAAAUGGCAACGGAAUUUGUGUACAAACUGACACAGAAGGAAAAAACUGAAAAUUUGACUUUGUGUAAUUUAAAAGCACUUGCGUUGGGAGACGCUUUCAUAUCUCCUAUUAGUUACAUAAAUAAUUACGCCCCUAUGGCUUUUUAUUUGGGAUUAGUCAAUAAGCGGGUUUCCACACGAAUUGAUGAAUUGACUAAACAAAUUCAAGUUUUAAUUAACAAAAAAGAAUACGUGAAGGCAUCGGAUGUUGAUGACAACAUCAUGAUCGAGUUGGAUCGCAUUCUGAAUGUGGAUUUUUAUAAUAUUGUGCGAAAAAUUAACUCGACUUGGAUGACCGACUUUCAGGAAAUUAUGAACAUGUUGGAAUAUGUCAUGAAUAGUAAAGUCAAAAAUAAACUAAAUAUUACAGAAGACGUUUAUUGGGAGUACAAUUCAGACAUCUACAACUCCUUGAAAGGAGAUAUACUGAAAAGCGUCACAGAUAAAAUUGAAACGAUUCUUAAUACAACUGACAUAAAAGUUCUUGUUUAUAAUGGAAUGCUUGAUUUUAUAGUAAAUACCGCAGGAACAGUGACUUGGUUAGACAAUUUAAUGUGGACAGGGAAAGAAAAGUGGUCAACUCAGAAUGAGACUGUGUUUGAAAUGUAUGAUAUAAUUGAGGGAUAUUCAAAAAAAGUUGAUAAUUUAGUGUUUUAUGUUAUUUUCAGAGCUGGACAUAGUGUGAGUAAAAUAUUUUUUUGUUACUUUUGUAACAUUUGUUGUGCUUUUAGGUACCUGCAGAUAAUUUACCUGUAUUGAAUGAAAUUUUGCGCAGAGAGAUAUUGGUUGAGUUGUAAAUGAUUAUUCAAUACGCCGCCUUAGGCAAAGUAGGUAAAACGUUUCAACGAUGCUUAGAAUAGACGCUCCAAUGAACAGUCCUGCAGUUCCUCCAAUUGAUACUAAAGUUCUUGUAAAUUAUGUUGUACGAAGAGGAAUCCUGACUUACCUACUAAGUCCAUCGUAGUUCUUACAACAAUACGUUUAAAACGUGAUGUCGGUAAUGACUGCAAGUUAAUAAAAAUCUCACCAUGGGAACUUUUAACUCUGGAAAGUAGCAAUAAAGAGCAAGAUUUUAUAGGAGUAUUUUCUACUUACUCUUUUGUAUCUGCCACAACUUUAUAUUCGGGCUCAAUGCAAGACGGCAGGCAAUCACAAAC